ACACGCUUAGCCUUACGCAAGUUGCUGUGGCUUGUGGCUUUGCCAAGGUAGCCAAGACCAAGACCCAGGGGGGAAAUAAAGAAAUUACGUCGGUGUCGCAGCAGUAACAAUUGCGGCGCUUGCCCCCCUCCCCCGCCGAAACCUCCUAUACGUUUUCUAAUGUUGGCCCUUACUUUCUGACUUCCUACCCGAAGGUAGCCUGAUCUAGGCAGUACACAUUUGAGCUUUGAGAGCUUCUCAUCAUCAUUUACAUAAACUGCACUAUAUCGAAAUCCGGUAACCUUUCCUCAAGUCUUUGCUACAUACAUAACGAUUGCAGGUAAUUCCGCAAGACCGGUACGCGAAAACAUCGUGAAUUGUCAUUUUGUUAUUCAACCAUUUUGUCCAAUCAACCGUCACUACCGACUCCCUAAGUCCGGAUCUAUUGGUCAUGAACGUCAUCAAGCUUCAGAGGAAAUAUCCUCAAUUCGAACAAGGUGACAUCUUCUCCUUAACGGACGCUUUCCGCAGACUCGAUGUCGACGACAAAGGUUACCUCGACGAAGCUACUGCCAUCAAGGCUACUCAGCAAAGCGAGCGACAGCCAUACGAUGUUGUGAGACAAGCCCUGAAAGAAGUUGACCUUGACUCUUCGAGGAGGGUCGAACUCGAAGAUUAUGUCGGCUUGAUCGCAAAGCUGCGCGAAUCGUCUCCCGCACAACGACGCAUGAAUACCGGUGGCGCCGCGCCAUCUUCUCCGGCAGGUGUUGUAGCUCAGAGGACAGGUGGACAUUCCUCCAAAGCAAGCAUCGGCAAGAUCCAUGUACAAGGCUCUAGUGCCAACGUCACUCACACUAUCAACGAGGAUGAGCGAACCGAAUUCACUCGCCACAUCAACGCCGUAUUGGCUGGUGAUCCUGAUAUUGGGAGCCGGUUGCCCUUCCCAACCGACACCUUCGAGAUGUUUGACGAGUGCAAAGAUGGUCUUGUACUUGCUAAACUUAUCAAUGACAGCGUCCCGGACACGAUCGACGAACGUGUAAUGAAUGUCCCCGGCAGGAAGAUCAAGAAAUUGAAUGCGUUCCAUAUGACAGAGAACAACAACAUAGUCAUCGAAUCUGCUAAAGGUAUUGGGUGUUCCGUCGUCAAUAUUGGUAGCGGUGAUAUCAUAGAGGUCCGCGAGCAUUUGAUUCUAGGUCUGAUUUGGCAGAUCAUCCGCCGAGGUCUCCUAGGAAAGAUUGAUAUCAAACUUCACCCCGAACUUUACAGAUUACUCGAGGACGACGAGACGCUAGAACAGUUUCUACGAUUACCGCCAGAACAGAUCCUUCUAAGAUGGUUCAACUACCAUCUCAAGGCAGCCGGCUGGCAACGCCGAGUCGGUAAUUUCUCGACCGACGUGAAGGAUGGAGAGAAUUACACAGUUCUGCUAGCACAGAUUGGACGGGAUUACGGCUGUAGCAGAGCUCCUCUUCAAACGCGCGAUUUAUUGCAACGGGCGGAACAAGUAUUGGUUGACGCCGACAAGCUUGGUUGCCGAAAGUUCUUAACGCCUACCUCCCUCGUGGCAGGAAAUCCUAAGCUCAACCUAGCUUUUGUUGCCAACUUGUUCAACACCCAUCCAGCUCUAGACCCGAUUACUGAAGAGGAGAAGCAAGAGGUAGAAGACUUCGAUGCUGAAGGUGAACGGGAAGCUCGAGUGUUCACAUUGUGGAUGAAUAGUCUGGACGUACAACCAGCGGUCGUUUCCUUCUUCGACGAUCUUCGCGACGGCUCUAUUCUAUUACAAGCUUACGACAAGGUUAUCAAGGGAUCAGUAAACUGGAGACACGUAAACAAGAGGCCUGCCCAUGGUGGCGAGUUGAUGAGAUUCAAGGCCAUUGAGAACACAAACUAUGCUAUCGAACUUGGCAAACAGAAUGGAUUCUCCCUUGUUGGAAUUCAGGGUGCGGAUAUCACUGAUGGGACCAAGCUGCUCACGUUGGGUCUCGUCUGGCAGCUCAUGCGAAAGGAUAUAACCCUGACGCUCUCAGCUUUAGCACAACGUCUUGGGAAGCGGGAGAUCACUGAUGCCGAGAUGGUGAGAUGGGCUAAUGAAAUGUCUCGUAAAGGAGGCCGAAAUUCGUCGGUCCGGUCCUUCAAGGACCCCGCUAUCGGCAGCGGUAUUUUCUUCCUAGACGUCCUAAACGGCAUGAAGAGUAGCUAUGUUGAUUAUGACCUUGUCACCCCUGGUCAGACUGAUGAAGACGCAUACUUGAAUGCCAAGCUUAGUAUCAGCAUUGCCAGAAAGAUGGGUGCAACUAUCUGGCUGGUCCCCGAGGAUAUCUGCCAAGUCCGGAGUAGACUGGUUACCACAUUUAUCGGUUCUCUUAUGGCAACUCACGAGAAGAUGCAGUAGAUGGAAAUUCCGUUUUCCGUUUCUCUCACAACGCAAUGAAUGAGCGAAGGGUCUAGGUUACUGGAAAAGUUAGGGAGAAUCUGACGAUGAUACGUUUAAGCUUAUUGCGUUGCCUAUUAGCCUUACUAAGUUGCGAAUGCAGUCUUCACUCAGGCAUCGUUCCUUUAUUUUAUUUUAUAGAUCAGAAAAUGAGUAUAUUCUUACAUUGAGUGAUUUAUUUCUUGCCUUCC